AUGGAAUCGGCUCAGUCAACAGAUGUAGUAACAAAUGCAUCUGAUGACGAUAAGGAUGCUAUACAACCUAGUACAUCAGAAGAAGUGGCUCCAAAUGUUUCUGCAUCAUUAUACAAGAACAGACCGUUUCCGCUGUCAAUCUUACCAGCUUCCGCGGCGCCGUCUUCUUCCACGCCCUCACCUCCUUCUUCGUAUUCUAUCGACAAAACGGACAACCGCGAGACCUUUGGCUUUAGUGACACAGUCGACAUGCGCCGUGAAGAUGAGAGGAUGAAGACAUUCGAAAAAUGGCCCGUCACUUUUCUCUCUGCCGAACAACUCGCUCGCAACGGCUUCUACUACCUCGGACGCGGCGACGAAGUGCGUUGCGCAUUCUGUAGGGUGGAAAUUAUGAGAUGGGUCGAAGGAGACGAUCCCGCCAGAGACCAUCAGCGCUGGGCCCCACAGUGUCCUUUUGUACGCCAGCUCACAAACCCCGAAUCUGCAGGGCGGGACGAAUGCGGUUCACGUGUACCCGUGGCUGCGGCCUCGCGCAUGCCUGGCCCUGUUCAUCCACGUUUUGCCUCUGAAGCCGCUCGUCUGCGUAGCUUUCAGGACUGGCCUCGGUGUAUGCGCCAAAAACCCGAGGACUUGGCUGAGGCUGGCUUUUUCUAUACCGGGCAUGGUGACAAGACGAAGUGUUUUUAUUGUGACGGUGGCCUUAAGGACUGGGAAAACGACGAUGUACCAUGGGAACAACAUGCACGUUGGUUUGACCGCUGCGCUUAUGUACAAUUAGUUAAAGGUCGGGAUUAUGUUCAAAAAGUGAUGACACAGGCUUGCUCGCUCCCAGCGGCUAAUGAAGCAAAGGAAGAAGUACCGGAGAAACCUUCAGUCCAAACUAAUGCGUCAACGGAAUCUACGGAAACCCCUGUAGAAGAUAGCAAACUAUGUAAAAUUUGUUACGCUGAGGAGCGCAACGUGUGCUUUGUGCCAUGCGGACAUGUUGUGGCGUGUGCUAAGUGCGCGUUGGCAGCAGACAAGUGCCCCAUGUGCCGCAGAACGUUUCAGAGUGCAGUCCGAUUGUAUUUCUCUUGA